AUGGCUGAAAAGCUGGAGGAUAAUGUCUCAAAAUGGGCAAAAUCGCAAAAAGAUUAUACAAAAGCCAAGGAUGAUCUAGUGACUCCCAGUGAUCAAGCUUUGCCCAAUAAUAGCAGCCCUAGCAACUUCACUUUACUUAUGACUGUCACAGCUUUGGCAAUGAGCAUGUUUCUGGUUUCAUUGGAUAUGACAAUUGUCGCAACUGCGAUCCCAAAAAUCACAGAUGAGUUUGGUGGUAUUGAAGAUGAGGGUUGGUAUGGAUCGGCAUUUUUCAUCACAUUGGGAAGCUUUCAAGCUGCAUGGGGCAAGGCGUACAAGUACUUUCCUUUGAAGAUCUCAUUUUUGAUAUCUAUCUUUCUAUUCGAGGUCGGAAGUUUGAUUUGCGGUGUGGCACCUAGUAGCACUGCGCUGAUUGUUGGGCGCGCUAUUACCGGUCUCGGAGGCGCUGGAAUUUCCUCUGGCGCAUUCACCAUCAUAGCUUUAUCGGCCCCGCCGAAACAGCGACCUGCGUAUAUUGGGAUACUCGGUGCCUCUUACGGAGUGGCUGCUGCCAUCGGACCACUCGUCGGUGGUGCAUUUACGUCGGCAGUAACAUGGCGCUGGUGCUUUUAUAUCAAUCUUCCCAUUGGUGGUGUAGCUGGAGGUAUCCUUUUACUGUGGUACCGUGCACCUCCUCCUCUCCCAUUCGUGGGUGCACCACUUAAGGAGAAAAUCCUACAACUGGACCUACCGGGUAGCUUGCUGCUUGUUUCUGCCUUAGUAUGCUAUGUUCUCGCUUUACAGUGGGGCGGAAUCUCACUAUCAUGGGGUGACAGCCAGGUUGCUGGAACAUUGGUUGGGUCUGGCGUGAUAUUAAUUGCCUAUGUCGCUGUACAACGAUUGCAGAAAGAGCGUGCAGCAAUGAUCGGUCGUCUCUUCCGACGGAAUGUUGUAAUAACCAUGAUAUACAUCGACUUAUUGGCCGGGUCAUUCUUUGUCCUUGUUUACUACUUGCCCAUAUAUUUCCAAGUGGUCUCUGGUGUUUCUGCCGCCCAAAGUGGAAUCAGAAACUUGCCUUUGAUUCUCGCUCAGAGUGUCGCCACCGUAGCGUCUGGCGUUUUACUCAGCAAGUUUGGAUAUCCCCUACCAUUUCUGCUCAUUGGGUCAGCACUAACGGCAAUUGGUUCGGGGCUACUAUACACACUAGACAUUCACACUGGAUCUGGAAAGUGGAUUGGGUACCAGUUGCUUGCUGGUAUUGGUAUAGGAUGGUGCUUCCAGGUUCCCGUGGUGACCGCGCAGGCCUCUGUUGAGCCCGAGGAUUUACCAUCUGUAACUGCCAUGGUCUUGACGGUGCAAACCAUUGGAGGCUCAGUCUUUGUCUCGGCUGGGCAGUCAGCAAUGGUGAAUGUUCUUUUGAAGAAACUGAAGAGUGAAACAUCGACCGUGGAAGCCCUCACAGUCGCAAUGACAGGCGCCACUCAAUUACGUGGCGUGUUCUCUUCUGAUCAAAUGGAUUUGAUUCUCACGGCAUACAUGGAAGGCCUGCGGGCGACAUUCCUUGUCGCGAUUGUCGCAUCCAGUAUAGCUACUGUGGUUUGCAUGGGGGCUCGAUGGAUGAAGCUUUCAGGAGAAGCCACUGCUGCCGUGGCAGCUUAA